UAUCACGUCCGUCGUCUGGCCUGCGUUACGACAACUCAACUUGCAUUGCCGUAAACAGUUUUGCCCGACCUGCCAGUGAAGAGAGACAGAAGGCCUUAAAGCUUAUUAAAUUGAUAGACGAUGAAAGCAGGGUUAUCGAAACGCACUUUCAUUUUGUAGACAGUAUUGUAGUCGUUCUCACGAUGAUCAUAGAGAAUGUUGAAGCCUUGAAGUCAUGGCUGGCAAAACUCCUGGAGCCAAUAUGUGAUGCUGACCCCUCAGCAUUAGCCAACUAUGUGGUGGCUCUUGUAAAGAAGGACAAACCGGAGAAAGAACUGAAAGCACUUUGUGCUGAUCAGCUUGAUGUCUUCCUACAAAAAGAGACAACAGGAUUUGUGGAUAAACUCUUUGAAUGUCUGACAACUAAAAACUACCUUGGAAUCCCUGCUGCCAAGGAAGUUCCUAAAGAAGAGGUCAAACCGCCUGCAGUCAAGUCUGAUGUUGUGGAGGCUGAAAAUCCAGAGGAGGAGAGAGAAAACAGGCGGAGGAGAAGUCCUCUGAGGAACUUUAAUGAGUCCAGGAGCCGUGAUGACAGGAGGAGAGAUGAGCGCAAGCGGCGUGACUUUGAUCGGCAUGGGAAAAGCGGCAAUGACUCGCACCGCGAGCGGGAGCGUCGCAGGGGCAGCCCCCGCGGGAGGAGCUACAGCCGAAGUCGCAGCCGGAGCAGGAGUGGCAGCCGAGGAAAAAGCAGGGACAGGGAGCACAGAGGAGGCAGAGACUUCAAGUCUAAGUUUGAGUUGGAAAGAAAGGAUACAGACUGCUACAACUCUUCCAACACAUCCGGCUCCCAGCAGCAGCACCCGUCACCUCUCCUGCCCACACCUCCGCACCCCUUUUCUUCCUCGCCGUCCGCUGGAGUCUCAGGACCGGGAGGUGUUCCCGUAGUAACACCGGCUCACCUGCCCGAUAGCACUACAGACAGCUGGUCUGGUUACUAUGGCACCCAGAGGCAAGAUGUUGUCUGCAAGCCUUUUAGCAACAAGACUGUUACGCUCAAACAGCGCUGCAGGGAUUAUGAUGAAAAGGGAUUUUGUGUUCGUGGUGACCUUUGUCCAUUCGACCACGGCAACGACCCUCUCAUCGUUGAUGAUGUCAAUCUACCGAACAUGAUUCCGUUCCCUCCCCCACCUGUUAUGCCCCCCGCUGGCCUGCCCAUGCCCCCAAUCACUGAGCCGCCCCCUCCCCUCAGGAUGCCUGCGAUGCCACCCUAUGGCCAGCCACCACCACCGGGCGUCUUCCCCAUGACUGGACCCCCACUGAUAGUAACCAGUGGGAUUGAUACCCCUAACCACCAAACGGCAAUCACUUCCUCUCCUCCUAUUGGACCGCCUGGUGUGGGGCUGCCGCCUACUCUUCCUCCUCCUCCACCUCCUCCUUCCUCGUCCUCAUCUGUAUCUCUUCGUCCCCAAUAUGUCCAGUCUGAAUAUAACUACGAUCCAGAGGGCUACAACCCAGAAUCGCCAGGCCUGACUGCAGCAGGUCGUAACCCGUACCGUCAGUUCAUUCCCCGGGUGCAUACGCAGCGCUCCAACCUUAUCGGCCUCACCUCCAAUGAAGGACAAGGCUCCAGAGCUGCCAACAUAGUGAUCCAGACAGAGCCUGCGACUGCAGCCAGCACUCCUGGAAGUAACAUGUCCCGUUUUAACACAGAGCAGGACAGCAGGAAGAGAACCGUGGUACCCAGUACAGCUGAGGGACCAGCAGCUAAAAAAUCCUGGCUAGAGAAGCCAAGCUUUAACAACCAACAUAAGAACACUUUUCCCAAGAGGUAUCACUAUGUGAACACCAAGUUGGAGGUGCGCAAGAUCCCACGUGAGCUCAACAACAUCACCAAGCUCAAUGAGCACUUCAGCAAAUUUGGAACCAUCGUCAAUAUCCAGGUGGUGUUUGGCGGAGACCCAGAGGCGGCGUUAAUCCAGUACACAAAGAAUGAAGAGGCCAGGCGGGCCAUAUCCAGCAUAGAGGCGGUCCUCAAUAACCGCUUCAUCCGUGUGUACUGGCACCGUGAGCCUGGCACCAACAACACAGGGCUUCAGCAGCCGGAGCAGAGCUCAGGGAGCCAGUUGGCUGGGUCAGUGCCCAACCAGGGGCUUCAGCACAGCAACAUGCAUAAGGGUAUCAAGCAGCACAGUCCAGCCGCGUACGUGUUGAACAAGACUGUACCCAAGCAUCACCAGCAAGCAUUGCCUGGAGUCACAGUUGCUACCAAGCCGGGCAGCCUGAACACAGACGCUGUCACUGUGGUGCCUGCACUGACAAACACCCAGAAGGGCCCUUAUACUUCCACCGCCCUAAAGUCCUCCUCAAAGAGCUUUGGAAAGACGGGAAAAGCACUAGAAGCACAGGAAGUCCUCAAGAAGAAACAGGAGGCAUUAAAACUCCAGCAGGACAUGAGAAAGCAGAAGCAAGAGAUGUUAAAGACACAGAUUGAGUGUCAGAAGGCCUUGAUAAACCGCCUUGAGAAGAACCGAGGGAUGAAACCUGAGGAACGAGCCAACAUCAUGAAGACCCUGAAGGAGCUGACAGAGAAGAUCGCACAGCUGCAGAAUGAAAUGAACCCUGCCUCCCAGGUAUCCAGCGCCAAACCCAACCACGGCCAGUCCAAGACCAAGACUGAUGCCCAGAAGGAAUUGCUGGAUGCUGAGUUGGACUUUCACAAGAAGAUGACCUCUGGAGAGGAUACAACAGACCUCAAGAGAAAACUGGGACAGUUGCAGGUGGAGGCGACUCGGUUGGGUCUGAUCCGGCCCCCUGCCGGUCGAGGUCGGGGCCGAGGUAAGAUGGCGCUGGAGCACGGUUCAGUGCACGUGGGCCGUGGCAGGGGCCGCAGCCGGGAGGUGAUGGCGCGAAGCGGAACUGUGAACCGCAUGGUUGUCGACCACAGACCCAGAGCCCUGGCUAUUUUGGGGGUCACUCAGGAGGAGAAGGACGAGCUAAUGCCGCACUUUGUGAAAUUUGGUGAGGUAGAGGAUGUCCGUGACCAUGACGCCAACAGCGUCGUCAUGACCUUUAAGACACGAAGCGAAGCAGAAAAUGCAGCUAACCAAGGAGCUAAGUUCAAAGGUCGUGUGCUGCAGAUUUCCUGGUACAAGCCCAAAACACCGUCUGUCACAACAGAGCCAGAGGAGGAAGAGGCGAAAGAUGAGGACAAUGCGAAGGAAGCUAGCUCGUAUUUGCCUGGUGAAGAGGAAGAAGAGGAGGAGGACGAUGAUGAAGAUGACGAAUACGAGAGCCGAUCUUGGAGACGAUGAAGGCAUUGGGAUUCGCCAUGACCCGCUCUUCAGCAGAAUCAGUAGCUGCUUUUUCCCGACAAGCGAAAUCAAUACAACCGAACUCACAUUUUUCUUCUUUUCCAGUAUUUUCAAACUAAGUAAUUUUAGACUCAAAGUAAUCAAAGUAAAAUUGUUGUUACUUUACUGUACAUCAAGAGCAGUUUAGAGGGCCAACAGUUUUUUGUAUCCCUCGACUGAACAAUUAUUUAAAAACUCUCACUUUUGCUGAGAAAGAUAAAUGUUAUGUUGUUCUUAUAGAUAGAAUAACAUUAGUUUCAGUGUGCAUACCAGAUAAUUAAUAUCAGUAAUUGCACAAAGGUUGUGUCUACUGUGAAUAGGUAUUUUUAUACAUACUGUAUUUAAGCCUUUUUCUCACUCGUUUUUUGAAAGAUUUUGUCCUCAGUUCAGGGACAGCCAUUCCCUCACCAAUAGAACGUUCUCUGUUGCUACCAGAGAGAGAUUUAUUUAUUUUUCCAAACCCAAAAUGUUAAAGUAUCCAAUCAUCCAAAUAUUUUUGACAGUGACUCACUGUGCUGGCAUGAUGAUACGCUAGUUUGUGCAUGUUGUAUUCUAACUAAACAGCCACCAUUACCCAGCACCAAAAGGUGCUGAUAUUGUACCACAACCAUAUUAGAGUCCAUGCAGGUACAAAAAGCAUACCAGUGCAAUAGAAAAACUUGUUUACAAAUUGCCGUGUCCAUGCACGUCAGAUACAGUCUUAUAGUAAAUCUUCGACCCCCCCCCCCCCCUUGUUUUGUUGCUCACUAAAUGUCCGGUUCCACUCUGUGUAGAUAUAAACACCCACGUGGGUGUUUUACAUUUUCUAAGAGUGUGUAACAUUUUCCACUUGUUUUAUUCUGUCUCCUGGUCACCCAACAGGCCUGGCAGGACCAGAUCACCCAUUUAAGAAAUGUGAGAUCCAUAGACGGGUGUUUGAAUGUAAUACUGAACAGUUGAUUUUAAUAUAUAUAUAUAAUUUCUUUGCCUUACAUAAUCAGCAAAUGGCUGAAUUUUUACAAGAUUUGGGAUUUACUUUUUGUAAAUUUUGUAAAUGCUUGAAAGAGAAAUUACUGUUUUUUUUUUUUUUUUCUUCUUUGUCAUUUUCAACAGUCAGAUAGAAAAGGUCAAGCAAGAGUGCUCAGCAUCUCUGCUUAUUUGCAAUAAUAUUUCAUUCGCGUUAAACUAGUCUGUCAUUUUACUAAAUUUGUCGUAAAAUUAGCAUAUUUCUUUGUCUUUUUUAACUUUCUGAACUGUGGAAAACACUCAGUUGAAUGGCAGUGGGAGUCAUGCACCUCACUAUAUUAUUUGUGAAUUAGUGCACCUUUGCCUGUCUCACCCACUGAACAAGUGCAACCACAAUGUGCAUCUUUUCAUGACAAAAGGUUUAUUCUUUCAUAUUAAAUUCUUAUCAUAACUCAACUAAAUGAUCAUAUCAAAAACCACAAACAGUCAGAUAUAUGAACCCAAAAAAGGAGAGAGAGAUAGCAACUCAUUAGUUGCUUGUAGCAGUCUCACUACUUUACACAAGCAUGCAGGUAGAGAUCUAUGUGGCAAUACAGACGAGAAUUCAGAUCUAACACCACAUGUAAAGGGGUGCGGAACAGUUUGAAAUAGUACAUUACAUGUGUUCUUCCCAACUACAAUGUCAGUAGCACUCUUGUUUGGAAUGCAUAUCUCACUGUUGACUGAUAACUCAGAAGUCUCCUGCCAGUUGUCCAUUUAAAACAUUUCAGUUCUGUGGCGUUCAAAAUUAGCAUUAGGCAUGUGCGAUGGAAAGCCAAAGCAGCUCUCUUUGGCACUUAGUACUUUAAUAUGAUUUGCUCAUAUAAUAUUUGUAUAUGAGGUCACUGGCAGUUGUAUAGGACAAACCUGUACUGGCAGGGUUCUUGCAAUGUGAGGAUUCAGAGAAGGUCUCUCCCACUUUUUGUACUAUAUUCUGUAUGCUAGUAUCACAAUGGUGUAAAAAAAUGUUUAUUCAAUAAUAGUUUUGGAUUUGUUACUGUUUAUAUUUGCAGGAUGUGGAUGUAUUUUCUUCAUGUAUUUUGUUUGUAAAAAAAAAAAGGAUUUCUAAUUUACUAGCAUGUUUGCUUUUGCCAAUAAAGAUGGAGGAAUGGGGUGCUUGAAAGACAGUAAAAAAAAAAAGAGAAAGAAAGAAAAAAAAA